AUGGUCGUGCAGUCGGGCCAGCGGCUGGAGUUCCGCUUCCAGACCAACACCGUGCAGCACCUGCUUGCUGACCUGAUCCGGGAUGUCACAACAAUCACCGAAACGCACCCACUGCAGCCCGGCGAAUCGGCCGAGGCGUUUGUGAUUGAUGUGGAGCGCAAAUUGGGCGUGUUCCUGCAAAAUGCCGAUCAAUGCCUCAACGACUGCCAAGAGGUGGCCGGCCCCAAGAUGGGCGUCCUGCAGAGCGGGCUGGAUGACGUUGAGCGGACAGGCCGUAUGAUGGUCGAGAUGGGGCGCGAGCUUCUGAAGGACACUUCAUCGUCGGAACGCCGGAAGCGAGCCAUUGAGGCCGCGAAAAAUCUGCUGAACGCGAUGGUGCGCUUCCUCGAGCUGUGCGACCAGAUUGACGUGCUGCUGAUUGUGGCCAGCAUUGAUGAGGCGCAACGCGGACUCGCUGAUAUGCGCGGGGCCACCAGUGAGCAUGAGGUUUAUGAAAGAUACCGCGCCCUGUUGGCCCAGAUCGAGGAAAUCGAGGUGAGCACGCGGCGGCGCGUCGGCGACCUGGUCGACCCAUCGCAACGCGAUGAUUUCCUGGCUGCGCGCGCCCUCCUGAAGACGCACGCCCCCAUGGUCUAUGGCGCCACGAAGGCCCUCCUCCAUCACCCGAGCAGCGCCAGCCUGCUCGAGAAUUGCGACUACGCGCACCAGGAGGCUUCCCACGCGAUGGACAUGAUGCGCAACGUGCUGGGCGGGCAGCCGGGCGGCUACGCCAGCCUCGGCCAAGCCGGGCGUCUGAUGAAGGAUUUGGACCUGUUUCAGCAACAAGCCUUCAUGGAGCCGGGCGUCUACAAGCCGACCAAGCACCGGCCCGAGCUCGAGGAGCUGCUGGAAGUCAUUGUAUCGCAGGCCGGCCACAUUGCCGACUCAGCCUCAACGCGCAACGACCGCAAGAUGAAGAUCAUCAACGAGUGCAACAACCUGCGUCAAGCCCUUCAGGACCUGCUCAAGGAGUACGAGAAUCAUUGCGGGCGCAGCGACUACAACGAGGACGUCGACCUGGCCAUGGUGUUGGUCACCCGAAAAUCGAAAGACCUGCGCCGCCAUCUGCGAAGAGCCAUCGUCGAUCAUGUUUCCGAUGCGUUCCUCGAUACGAGAACACCGCUCUCGAUCCUGAUCGCCGCAGCCGAAAGUGGUGACCCGGCCGCAACGCGCGAGGCCGGCGAGAUGUUCACCCAGCACGCCGAGAACAUGGUGGCGGUGGCGCAUUUUGUGUGCGACAUGACCAACGACAGCGAGGGGUUGCGCGUCAUACGCUACACCGCCACGCAGCUGUCCCAUCUCGCGCCGCAGGUAGUGCACGCAGCGCACCUCCUCUGCCAGCACACGACCAGCGGCGUCGCCCAGGAGAACAUGAAGAUGUUCGCCGAGGUGUGGGAGGACAAGGUGCGCCUGCUGACGAUGGCCGUCGACUCGGUCAUCACCCUCGACGACUUCUUGGCCGUCUCCGAGGCGCACAUCAUCGAGGACGCGAUCAAUGGGCAGGAGGCCGUCAUCCAGGGCAACGGCGACAUGCUCGACCGGGCCGCCGGCGCCAUCCGUGGCCGCUCGCUGCGCGUGUGCGCCGCCGUCGACGAGGAGAUGAACGCGAUGCCGUCAGGUCCUUAUGCAGAUAGGGUGAAAACCGCGACGCGGCGCCUGAGAAAUGAUGUACUCCAAACUUUUGCCGAACGUGCGUCCAAUGUUGUGCAACGGCUAACCGACGAGGAUCCGACGCAGCGCGGACCCGAAGAGACAAACCGCGACGUCGACGAGUUCAUGAAUGCGUGCACGCUGGUCCAUGAGGCCGUCAAGGACAUCCGAAAUGCCCUCCUUGUCAAUAGAAACCCAGAAGACGUCGACUCGGACAACGAGUACGAGGAGGACGCCCAGACGAAUGUGAUGGAUGGCAGGAGUACCGUCUCCGAUGGCCCGAACCAGCAGCGCAUCAUGCGGCACCUGCCCGAGGAGGACAAGCGCAAGAUUCAGGAGCAAAUUGACGUCUUCAAGAUCGCCCACACCAAAUUCGAACACGAGGUGGCCAAGUGGGACGAGACCGGCAACGACCUCAUAGUGUUGGCCAAGCACAUGGCCAUUAUCAUGCAGCACAUGAUGGAAUUCACGCGCGGUCACGGCCCGCUGAAGACGACCUCUGACGUCAUCAGGGCCGCCCAGGAGAUUUCGGUUGCAGGCUCCAAACUCAACGCCCUGGCCAAGCAGAUCGGCGAAGAAUCUCGUGAGAGUCGCAGUCGUGAUGACCUGAUGUCGUACCUCUCACGCAUCACCCUCUUCUGCCACCAGCUCAACAUUUGCAGCAGGGUGAAAGCCGACGUGCAACAAGUUGGCGAUCAGCUGAAGAAGUGCCACCUCGACUCGGCGCUCUCCCUCAUCCAGACGGCCCGGAAUCUGCUGAACGCCGUCGUACUGUCCGUCAAGGCCGCAUACAUUGCGUGCACAAAGUGUACGGCCGAGGGGCGCGCCCCGGUCGAGGCGGCCUACGCCCUGUACGCCGAGCAGCGCGCUCAAGCGCUCGCCGACGCCGACGCGGAAUACCGCCACCCCGAUAGCAGCGCUCCACGCGUCACCUGGCACCUCGCCCCGCCGCAGAAGCAGCCAUUGGUCCACCCGCAAAAGACCGGCGGCUCAGGCAUCGUGCGCCGUGCGAGCGAGCGCCGCCCGAUGGCCCCGAUGCGCGAACUCGCCCAAUUCCAUCAG